AUUGCAACUACAUAUGCAUGUACAUAUGUAUGCACGUUGUUGCAUUGCAUUUGUUGUAAUAGCCAUGGAAACCCCUAAGAGUAAACUACAUAAAUGUUGCAUUUCGUGGCGAUGCAGCAGUCAGUGAGAGAGGAGGAGCAAAGGAUGAGGGAGAAGUGGGCGCAGCAAUUACGAGUGCGUGGCUGGUGUGUUCGUUCGGCAUGGCACGAAACGAGACGACUUGCCAAAGGAGGAAUAAGGAAGCAGAGCGAAAUUUUAAUCAAUAGAUAUAUAAACUCACACACAUGCACCCAUAUACUCACGAAGUCGCACACAGGGUGAGAAAGAGCGAACUCAGAGAGCGAAUAGGACAAACAAAGGCAACAAUAAUGGGAGCAGCAACAACAACAGUUAUACUUUUAAAACAGCAAGGAAAGAGUGCGCGCAUAGGGAGCAAAGGGACAGAGAGAGAGAGAGAGAGAGAGAGCUGCCAGGACAAGAGAGAGCGAGCACUCCUGUUACCGUUACUGUUGUUCUUGUUGCUGGCGCUCGCAGUAGAUUCAGGAUGAAGAAUGGGUUGGGGGAUGGCUGCUGCGACAGGCUGCCAGGAAGAGGAAGACAAGUGAACAAAAUUGCUAUUGCGCUGCCCAGGCCGCAGCAGCAUCAAUAAGAAGGAAGGAAUAAAGGCGGAGACGCCAACCAAAAGUUUUUUACUGUGUGCAAAAUAAAAGUAUAAAGCGCGGUAAAGCAAGUAUGCAACACGCAACAAAAUAAUGUUUAAUUAAAGUGCAUCAAAAGAGGGCGUACAAGAGGAAACGGCAACGGCAACCUACUUAUUGAGCAAUUAAGGCCAUGCCCACACAUGAGCAUGCGUACGCCCACACAUACUGUAUGUGAGCAUGUGUGUGUGUAUGCAGGAACCGUUUGGUUCAUUGAGGUGCCCGCUGAAAUGAGCGUGUGUGGAAGGGAGAUAGAGAGAGAGACAGAGAAAAGUGUAAAUUUGUAGAUCGGUAAAUGCCCAAGUUCUAUUUAUUAAAGUGCACAACAAUUUGGAUUUGGUGUCAAGAGGUUAGGAAACGCCGCAGCCCCGUGAGCACGUAGAGCGUGUCAGAAGUGACGUCCAAACCCACCAACAACAAAAGGAAGGGGAGGGGAAAAGCAGACACAAGAGGGAGGACACACACUCAUCCCACACACACACACACACACACCCACACCCACAUCCACACACGCUCAAGAGGAGAGAGAAAUCAAAGGAGUGCGAGAGCAAAACCGUUAUAGGGGCUGCCCAAGAGUAGAGCGAGAAGAGUCGUGCAGGAUGGGCGACUAUCACGAGUUUACGGAUCAAUACAAGGUCCCGGUGAUAGCCAAACUGCUUCAUGCCCUGCCCCACUACAACAUCACAUUCCACAAGAUCAACAGCACGUUCCGGCCCAACGAUGAGAUCUACCUAGAGAGUCUGGGAAUCUUGGGAUCGGUGCCAGCGGCGCUGCUCAUCGUCUCGCUGCUGGGACUGCUCUUCUAUCUGAUGACCAGAUGCUGCGACCGGAAACCCCGCCCGGCCCACUCGAUAACCAGCCUGAAGGUGGCCCUCUCGAUUGUGACUGUGAUGUGCUGUGCCGCCAUCGGCCUGGGACUGUACGGCAACGAUGAUCUGCACAAUGGAUUGCUCGAGGUGCUGACCGCCGGACGGAAGGUGGACAAUCUGGUGACGACCAUCAGGAAUCAGACGCACAUACUGGAGAACACGCUGACGAAUCGCAUCAGGCCGCAGCUGGUGGAGCUGGCGGAUAUCUUCGAUCAACCGGUGUCCAAUCAGACGGCCCUAUCCAAGCUUUUUGUUUCGUUGAACAUUGUCCAGGGCAAUGUGACCCUGGCCACGAAUGCAGCCAGCGAUAUACGACGACCCCUCAUGGGCAUCUCCAUGACGCACUUUCUGACACGCGGCGACCAAUGGGAAUUAAUACGCUGGCCGGGCACAGUGGCCACCCUAGCACUGCUCCUUGUCCUCUGUGCUGUACUGCUGGUGGGCGUGGCCAGGCAUUCCCGCUGCGCUCUGAUACUGUUUAGCGUUUGCGGCCUGCUGGCCGUGACUGGCUCCUGGCUGAUGUCCGGCCUUUAUCUCUCCUCCUCGGUGGCUGUGGGCGAUCUGUGCAUAAGCCCAGCGGAUUUCCUCGUAUCCACGGCCCCCCGGGACCUGCCCACGAACGUCCUGCUGCACUACACCCAAUGCGAGCCGGGGCACACGAAUCCGUUCACCCAGCGGCUGAGAGAGUCGCAGAACUCGCUGAACAAUGCCCGCAGUGCCAUGGCCACCGUAAUGAAGAUCUCCCUGGUGCUGUUCAAGUCAUCCGGCUUGCAGCCAAAGCUGGGAGCGGUGAAUGCAGAUCUGAAUAGCAGCGAACGGCUUCUCACUCAGCUGACGGCUCUGGUCGACUGCAAGGCGGUGCAUCAUAACUUUUUGGCAGCCGCCCGGGGACUCUGCGAGGGAGGAUUGCUGGGGCUGGUGCUGAUGCUGAUCGCCAGCUUCAUUGCGGCCAUAUUACUGACGAUUAUGGUGUGGGUGGACUCGCACACGUGGAUCUACAUACGCAAGCGGAACGACUAUGCCCAGGUGGAUGAGCCGUCAUAUAUAUCGCAUCCGGCACCACAGAACCAUCAGCAGAUGAUGAACGCUGCCCGGACACUGCCGCGCAAUCAUAAUGGGCACUUCAGCCCACCGGUUAUCAGCGGCUCGCACACACUGCAGCAUCCCAGCAAACGGCAGCAGCACGAGAUGAUGGCCCACGCACACAUCCAGCAGAAUAUGCGGGCCAUGGGUACCCACACGCUGGGACGGCUUCCGUCGCACAAUCACAGCCCCACGCACAUGACUGGUCCCAAUAAUGCAGCAGCAGCCGCAGCCGCUUCCGCACUCGCCGCCAAUAUGCCGCCCACGACACAGGCCCAGGUCCAGGCUGCACAGGCGCAUGCCCAGCAGCAGGCCCAGCAACAGCACCAGCAGCAGCAGCAGGCCCAGCAACAGCAGCAACAAAUGGGAGGACCCCAGCCCAUUUACUGCCAUCAUCCACACCAGCACCCACACCCGCAUCCGCACCAGCAUCAGCAUCCGCACUCGCAUUCGGCUGCCGCCGUGGCCGCCGCUGUCCAGCAUCAGCACGCCAUUUACCACCAGCAGCAGGCCCAAGCACAGGCCCAGCAAUAUGGCACCUAUACGACGGCGGCAGCGGCGGCGGCUGCGGCCCAUCAUGCCCCGCAUCACCUGCCGCCGGGUCAGAGCCAGAUAUAUCAGCAGAUUCCCGCCCAUCUGGCCCCACAGCUGGCUGCCAAUGGGAAUCCGCAUUCGAUCUAUCAGCCGCUGGUGGCCGUCAGCCAGGGUUCCAUUUAUGUUUCGAAUCUGGCCACGAUGCGUCGGCAGAAUAGCCAGGCUGGACCACAGAUACCGGCCCAUCAUCAUCCGGGGGCAGUGCCGCCACCCAAUCCCCACCAGCAGCAGCAGCAUGCCCAGCCCCCGCCGCCGUCACAGCAGCAGCAGCAGCUGCACCAGCUCAAGUCGCCACAGCAGCACCAGCCACAUCCCCAGCAGCAGCAUCAGCAGCAGCAUCCCCAGCAUCCACAGCAUCAGCAGCAUCAGCAGCAGCAGCAUCAGCAGCAUCAGCAGCCCGAGUCGGAUGUGGUACCCAUUAACACUGCAAUAGACACGGCCAUCUACGAUCGGGAUAAGCAGAUCUACAAGUGCUCGACCCUGCGGCAGGGCGGCAAGUUCGAUCCCAAGUACAAGCCCUCGAUACUGAAUUGUCCCUUGCCGGAGAUACCCAAAGAUGCGGAGCAGCCCAAGGUGGAGUCCAUCUACCAGCAGAAGCAGCAGGCGCAUCAUCAGAACUAUUCCAAAACCCUGCAGCGACCGCCGAUGAAGCUGCCGCCGCAGAUGAAAGCCAUUCCACCGCCCCGCAUUGGCACGCCCACAUCGCCACCACCGCCCUCCGCACAGCCCACACAACUGCUGAGCGAGAGCGGAGGAGCUGCCGUUGUGGGUCUCCAAAACGGUGGCCCCAACAACAACAACAGUGAGGACACAUCGCUGCCACCGCCGCCGCUUGAGGCUCAGACGGCACACCAUGUGGAGGCGGCUCCACCCAAGGCCCGGAUGGGACAGGCGGCCAAUGGAAAGGCGGGCAACGGUCUAGCCCUGCACAAUGGCGGAGGAAGCGUGAGCACAGCGGCUGGAGUGGGCACCACAGUGGAUGAUGAUGAUGAUCUGCCGCCACCGCCGCCAGCGAUAACCGACGAGAGCAACUAUGCGGUGACCGAGCUGUAAGCGGUACAAAGGAAUGGGCUGGGCUGGGCUGAGCUGGGGAAUGGCAGUGGCAUAGGCUAGCGUCAUGGGUUUUGGCGUCUUCCAGCGGACAUUACUUCUAGACUUUUUUGUAUUAUAGACAGACACAUGACGCGAGGAAAAGGAUGGAUUAUAAGAGGAUAGGAGAAAAGGUGUGGUGGGGUGGGGUGGGGCUGAUGGAGCGGCGACUGUUCCUGUUUCUUGAUUUGUUGCAUUUACCGUAUCGUAAUCGUAUCCUAAAACCGGAAUCCUUUUUUGUGCAUCCUAUGCAACUGCAAGCUAUUACGAAUGGUGUAGCCUACAAUUGGACUUUUGUAUAUACUAUACACUAGAGGUAUACAUAUGUAUAUCUACAUCUACAUAGGAUAUAUAUAUAAUAUACACAAACUAUAAACAACGCACACAGACAGACAGACCGAAAACAAACUCGUGCAUAUUUAGAUAUUUGACUUAUAUACUAUACUAUAUACUAUACUAUAUACAUAAGAACAUAUAUGUAACAUAUAUCAAUACGAUCUAUGAAUUCAUAUGUCUAUAAAGACACGGUUAUUCCUUUUUGAUAAUAGCAUAUUUUUACCAAUCGCUACAAAAGACACACAUUUUUUAAAAUUGUUAAAUAACAAUUUUUAAAAUCAACUUAUUUAAAAGCCAAGAGACAGACAGCAAUUAUGGGGACAAGAAUAAAUAUUGUAAUAUACAACAUUAAUCUAUACAUACACAAAAGAGGAAAGAAGAAACAAACUAACAAAAAAAAAAUUAAUUCGGAUCGGAUCGUAGCUUAUAAGUUCUAGGAAUCGAAAUGUAGUUGAAAGUUAGCAAAACAUUUUUUUAUGUACUUAUGGCACUUGUCGAGAGUUAAUUUGGAUCUAGGAACAACAUCUAGGAACAGAAUCUGAAUCUGUGUGUGUGUGUGUGUAGAAGAUGUAGGGGCAAAUCCUUCGAUAUUCCUAUAUUUCCUUAAAGGAUAGCAUAUUCCUUAAAUCUGUUGAUAUUUUUAAUAUUUAAUUAAUCAAUUAAUCAUUCAACAAAUACUAUACUCUGUACCAGAGACCUGAAUGAACGAUCCGCUUUAUUCGGUCAGUUAGAAUCUCCGUCGCAGCUUUCUCAUUUAGAACAGAUUUUUAAUGCGUGGGAUCCGAAAAUUUCGGUUAUUUAUCUCGCUCACUCUCCAUUUGAUUUGCUAGUAGAGCGAAGGAGAUUCGGGGUGAUUCGAAUCUGACUGAGGAAGGGAUUCGUAAUGAUCGGAAGCAUUAAAGAGGCAUGAGUAUAGCUGUGAAUACUGUGGAUUUAUGCAGGGAUCUACUCUGUACUUUGCAAGUUAAAUGGAUCGAUUUCCACAUGGAUACAUACAUUGGCUUCCUUAAUAGAAUUUUGCACUUAAACUGAUUCACUGAACUAUUUUAUAGUGAGUGAUGUGUGAUAUUGUUACCUCUAGUCAUUCCAACAUUGGUAUACCCCUUGGAAACUCUCUUAACAUGACCUAAGUCUUCAAAUAGUCAAUAGCUAAAGCCAAUUUUAAUUUAUUUUGAAUGAUUUGUUGAUCAAUUGUUCAAUUAAUUGUUGAUUAUUUUCAGGAACCACUACUACUGAUAUGAUAUUCCUUGCCCCUACAUCUCCACUAAGUAUUCAGUUUUAAUGACCGGUGUUGGUGGUAGGUAGUGCUCGACUCUGUCCUGUGUCUGGGUUGUGCGUCAGGUGAUCCAACGACUGUGGAUCGCCUGAGACUGGCUGGGGGUUGAAUCGAUUUAGGAACUGACAGACGAACGGAACAAGUGGGGCAUCGUUUCGAUUUGACCCCUGCGAUUUUAUUGUGUAUCUAACCUAAGCUUAACAUGGAAUGCAUUUAUUAUACAUAAACUAGCACAUAUGAAUAUACACCUAUACAACACACACAAACACACAGAGAAACACGAAAAACAAUGAAAUAAAUAUAUACAUAAAAGUAUAGAUAUGUAUAUGUACAUGGAAUAUAUAGUAGUACAUGGAACUGUACAUUUAGUAGCUAAACGAAAGGCAAGAAGGAGAAUGAACCCAUGCAAAUAAAAAUAUUAAGUAUGAGUAUAGCAUAAAAAAAAAACAAAACAAUCGAUAACCAGAUAGAAACGAGAUUUAGAUUCUUGACCCUUGUGUCAUUGGAACCGAAACCGAAUAGCAAUAUAUGUAUGAACUAACAGAACAACAGAAAGUACUGCCUUCCCAACAACUCCAACAACCCCCGAACAACAACCAAACUGCAAAGUUAAAUAGAUAUACAUAUACAUACAUAUAUAUAUGAUAUAUAUUAAAUAUAGUUAGUUAUAUACACACACACACACUCAUAUAUGCCUAUCAACUAUGAGCAACAGCAAACCAGCAAUGAAUAAUCGAUCGAGUUGUGGGGGGAUGGAGUUCCUUCUAGAGGAAUUCCCCGAGUCAGAGUAGAGACCAGACCAGAGGCCAACGAAGCGUCAACCGAGGCCAAUCAACUAAGGCAAACCCGAACACUGCCCGAAACACACAGCGAAAGUUCUCAACAUUUACAGAUACAUAUAUUGAAUAGCUAUAUAGGUACAUACUUAUAUAUAUUCAUAUAAACAAACCUUAACUGAACAUAUUAUAUACACUACAUCACAUUGAGAUGAUCAAUUGUAAAAAAAAUAUUAUCGAUGGAGUUGUACUCAAGACGAAAUUUAACCAAUAAUCUUAAUUCAAAAAAAAAAAAAAAAAAAAGAAUCAACACACUGGAAAAAAAGGAACGUUUUUAAAAGUAAAUAUGUAUAGAUCGUGUAAAGACAAACUAAUCAAGUUUUUUUAUUCGCUUAUUAUA